AGUCUAGCUUUAUAGUAUAUCGGCCAGAAAACUCUUUUAGGAAAUGUUUUAUUUUUGUGAAUUGUUACUGAACAAUUAAGCUAUUGUUAAUCACUUGUUUACUAUUAUAUUUAUUAUUAGAAUAUUAUAAAUUUAAAAUUCGAUUUUAAAUCAAUCUGGAAAAUGGCAACACUGUAAAAAUGGCGGGAGUUACAGUAGAUGUAAACAACACGUUACUUUUAGGUUACGUAAAGUAACUCUGAUUUUGAUUUAUUUUCAAUUAUAUUUAAUGUCAGAAUUCAUUUUGCAAUGCCCAAACGAUUAAAUCCGUUCGGCGAAACAUUUUCUCCACAAUUUAAAACCCACGUGGGAAUCAAGGAAGUUAACAUGGGUGUAAAUUGGAAAGAUAACAUGAAAUUUGUACACGAUAAAACACAGGAUUUGUUAUUUAAUGGAAUGAAGAAACAAUUUUCUCAAUUAAAUUCUUCUGUAAAUAGCAAAUUUCCAUCUAAACAGAAUAAUUGGCUGUUUCUUAAAUCUAAAGAACAUUCUGGUUUAAAUAAUAGCAUGAGUAACAAUCCUUACAAGUCUCUCUCUUGUUCAUUUUGCGAUCGCACAGUGACCGCUUUAAAUUCUUGUGUAUGCACAUCAUGUAAUGGAAAAUUUUGUCAUCUGUGUUCUGUUUUACAGUACGAUAAACAUGAAGACACUGCGAUAUGCUUGACGUGUUUGCAGAAGUAACGUCAUCCAACAAGUCAUUUUGUAAAUAUAUGUAAAUACGUUCAUUUUAAAUUAAUUUUUAUAAAAUAUUUUAAAUCGUUAGCAAUAAAUAUUUAGAUUUCGUUACAAAUUAAAUGAAAUUAAAAGUAAAUAUUAUUUGUAACAUAGAGAUUUGAUAACUUUGUACCAAAAUAAAAUUUUAAUAUUAAAAACAGUUUUAAAUUGUGAUAUGUUCACUUCUCAAAUAAAAAAGAAUUGUUGAUACCCAAAAUAUAAUGCUAAAAUAUCAAUUUGUACAUUCUGUAAUGCAGGCAUGAGCAACUUUUCUAUAGUAAGAGUCAAGUGACACCGUUUUGACAUAAUAACGGGUGGAACGUUGGUCUAUGUUUGUAAAGAAAAUGCAAAUACCAUGAAUAAUCAGUCUAAAAACUUCAUAAUCUUACAGCUUUUCUCUGAACAGGUGAAAUCAUUAUAAAUUACUUAUGAGGUAAAUAUGGUUAAGGAUCUUGAUGAUAAUUGGGACAUAGAAAAAAAAUCUCUGAGGAUUGCAGGUUGUCCAACAUGUAAGUUAAAGAUGAAAAUGUAAGCCUGGUAUUCAUGUAUGGAAAUGGACAAUGGAAACCAUUAACCAGAACAUAAAACAACUUUACUUUUACCAUUGUUAUUGAA